GAAAAGGAAAAAAUGCUAAAGAAAGUUUUUUUUCUUAUUCUUUGCCGAUGAAAAUGAAAUUUAUUACUCUCUUGUAUUUCCCGUGUUCCUAACAAACCCAAAAGAUCAAGGUUUGGAAAUACAUUCUUGUAUCUUGUGAUGAAGAGUAGAUUGUGGAUGUUUUUGCAUCCAACAACAUUCGUGGGACACUUGAUACAGGAACUGUUUAGCCACCUUGCACUCAUUGAACUCUUUUAUUUAUUUCACAGGAUCGAAGAUCUAUGCUUUUGGAUACUGGUUUACCAGUUGCAACUUCAAUGAGACCCACUAUUCUUUCACACUCAAAGAAUGAUGACAUAGUAAGCAUCCAUAUCCGUCGGGGUGGUAUUGACUUUGACCAAAGUCAUAGCCAAUGGCUGUCUACAGUAUCACAGAAUCCUAAUGUUAUUUCAAUGUCCUUUGUGCCCAUUGCUUCAUUAUUAAGUGGUGUUUGUGGCAGUGGAUUCUUAGGUCAUGCAAUUAACUUGUACCUGCGAUACAAACCACCAAUAGAAGAACUUCAACAAUUUCUAGAGUUUCAGUUACCUCGGCAGUGGGCACCAGCAUAUGGUGAUCUUCCUCUUGGUCACCGUCGCAGGAAACAGAGUUCUCCAUCUUUGCAGUUUACUUUUAUGGGCCCCAAGCUAUUUGUAAAUACUGAGAAGGUGGAAUCUGGAAACCGGCCCGUGACUGGAAUUCGCUUGUACUUGGAAGGUAAAAGGAGUGAUCACUUAGCCAUACACCUGCAACAUUUAUCAACCCUUCCACAAAGUCUGCAACUAACGGAUGAUCUCACAUACGAGCCCAUUGAUGUGAAGACCGAGCGCGACUAUUUCGAACCCGUGAAGUGGAGCAUAUUCUCACACGUAUGCACGGCCCCAAUCGAGUACCACGGGGCCCGGGUAGACGACGCUUCGAUAGUGACCAAGGCUUGGCUUGAGGUGAAGGCGAUUGGGAUGAAGAAGGUCUUGUUCAUGAGGCUCGGGUUUUCCGCGGUGGGGUCCGCCUUGAUCCGCAGAUCAGAGUGGGACGAGCCUCUGAGCUCGUCCCGGAAAUCGGGUCUCAUCUCAAUGCUGAUCACCACACCUUUCAGCACCACAAAGCUCAACCAACACCCAGAGAAAGCUGUGAAAAUGGAUCUGAACUCGGCCGUUUACCCCGGGGGCCCACCUGCACCAGCAAGGCCUCCAAAGAUGACACACUUUGUGGAUACAAAAGAAAUGGUGAGAGGGCCCGAGGAGUCGCCGGGGUAUUGGGUCGUUACGGGUGCAAGGCUCUUCGUGGAGGACAGCAGGAUUAGAAUCAAAGUGAAGUACUCGCUGCUGACGAUAACAACGGAGGACUCAAAUCUUGUGAUAUGAUGAUUGUAAGGAUAUAUAUGUAUACAUGGUACCUUGUACAUUGGAUUUUGUACUAUUGGGGUUUGUUAAUGUGGUUGUGGGGGAUAUAGUAGAAGAUUGAUUGUUUGAUUAUGUGAUUAGCACCAAGUCUUGUGGAAGUAAGAAGUUUGUAAAGAAUUGGCACAAGUUCAAACUAAAGCCUUACAUCAUGGGGCAAGGCCAUUAUUUGGUAGCUCCAUUUUUUUAAGUUGAGAGAAUCAAAGAGUUCCAUUUUU